UACAAAUUUAGGCAUAUGGCGCGAAAUUCAAGAUGGCGGAGACAAACCAAAACUUACUUUUGGAAAAUGUGAAAAAGUGCAAUAUAACGCAAGCCAGGCUAUUGCUAGAUAGAGGAGCUGACCCAAACUAUAUAAAUGAAGAGGAAGGGGUAUCUCCUAUGCAUUUAGCUGCAGGAUUAGGUGUAGAGCCACUUUGUCUGCUUCUGCAAUACAAUGGUGAUCCAAAUAUAAGAUUAGGAGAUGGUACAACUCCAGUUCAUGUUGCAGCAAUAUGGGGGUUUGCUGACUGUAUGCAUAUCUUACUGGCAAAUGGUGGGGAUCCUUACCUCAAAGAUCAGGAUGGAUUGAGUGCAGAGGACCUGGCUAUUGAAUACCAGCAUGAUGAUGUACUGCAAGUACUACAGCAGUUUAUGUUUGUGCUCAGCUCAGCAGAGGAACAAACUAUGACUCCAAUGUUUACUUAUAAACGAUUGAGUUUUGAAAGUGGAUCGUCAGGAUCACCUGGAGACUGUGAUGAGAAUUGUUCUGAAGGUUGGAAUGAACAUGAUAGUGAGGAUUCUAUGUAUAAUACUCAGCGUCUGGAGGACUACUUACACCAGUUUGCUCGACGUCGAAGAUCCAGCAUGUUCUUGAGAAACGUACAGAAGCAAGUUGAUCGAUAUUUUGGCAACGGACAGAAAACCCACCUCGUGGAUGUAACCUCUCCAGACCAUCCUUAUAUAGAGCCAAGAUCAAUGUCACCUGAAGAACAGUUUGUAGGAAGUCCUGAUGAUUCUCUACACUCACGCCUGAGUCCUUCUGAUACAUCUGGUGACAGUUUUGUGACCUGUGAUGGGGAGAGCUUCGACUCAGUACAGAAAAAGGAAGACAGUACAUAUUUAUCAAGUCCAGAUGUUUCACCACUCUCCACCCAUCAGAUUAACACUGUUAUCAAAAACCCCAAAUAUCACAACCAUGAAGACAAAGAAAAAUUGCCAUGUAGAAGUAGAAACUUGUUCCAAGAAGUUGAAAACUCCAAAUGUCACAGCCAUGAGGACAUAGAGAAGUCACCACAUGGACAUAGAAACAUGUUUCUAGAAGUUAAUAGUCAAAAUUUCAGCAAUCAGACCUCGGAUAAAAGUUAUAAACUCAAUACUAAUAACAGUGAGAAAAAGAGAAGUGGAGAAUAUCGGAGAACUAAAUAUUCCCACAGGAAACUGCCAUUGCCGCAACAGUCUCAAGACCUAUAUUUUACUAAUGAGAAGUGUGAUUUCUGCGGAGGUAUUGCUGAGAAACAUAUUGUAGAUGGAACAGUUUGUGCUACUUGUGAAAAACUUGGAUUAGAGCUAGAUGAAUUGGUUGGAGCAUCACUUGAUUAUAAUAAUUCAGCUGGGUUAAAACAAGAUGUUCUUGAUUCUGUUGAAAAAUUGACUGAAACAGUGAGGCAAAAAUUGGAUUCUCUGCCAGAUCUUCUUGAAACUUUGCCAGAAACUGCACAGUGUAAAGGAGGAAAGAAGAACUGGUUAUUAGCUGAGAGAAGUGCUGUUUUUGAAAGGGACAAAAAAUUACAUGUGAAUGAACAUUUACAAGAAGGUGAUGAAGAAAUUGAACAAAAUGCGAGUAAACAUAAAAGUGGAAACGGUCAGGAUAAAUCAAUUAAAAGAGACUUUGAAAGGGAUUUAAAAUCAGAGGAAGUGACAGAUUUGACAAGACAGUUUAAAAAUACUCACUUAGACUUUGGAAUGCCAAGACAUUCUAGAACUUCAAAUAAGAACCGUAAGUCUACAGCACUAGAAAACAGUAACCUCUGUGGAAUUGAUGACUCAAUUGUUUCUCAUAUAAGUAGUACAGUGAAUGAAUUAGAUAAAGCUCAGCUAUUUAAUGACUCUGUAUUGACUAUGGAUGAAACUUUUCUUGAUAGGGUAGAAUCAGUGCCUGAAAAUAGUGUUGCUUCACAGUUUGGUCAUGUAAGCAGUUUUAGUGUCCAGAGAGAUUAUGAAAAGAAAACUGAAAGAGAUAUUGAUAAUGAGGUUGAAAUUGAAACUGGUGAAAAUAAGGAAAAUAUUGGUCAAGAGUAUAAUGACUUGUGGAAACAGGUACAAGAAUGUAAACAUGAAAAACUAGCUCGUAGGAAUAGGAAAGAUAUUCUUGAUACUGGUUUUUGUGGUCGACAGUCUAUGAGUAGUAUGUUUAGUGAUGCAUCAACAGUGGAUUAUGUCUAUACUGAUAAGGAAAAUGGUAUAACUUUAGUAGAACGCCAUUUGCCGUCACUCUGUGGAAGUCAAGGCAGUCGUCGCUCUGUUGACAGUCAAUUCAGUGUAAAUACAAACUUGGCAGUUAAUUCAGAUAGUGGUAUAAGCCGAAACAGAUCAAAUCGAUGCAGCCUUUCAUCAGAGGACACAGUGUUAUAUAACUGGAGAGAAAAUGCGAUGCUUAAGUCAAAUGAUAGUGGGAAUGGUAGCUCUGAGACAGCAACUUCCACUCCGCUGUCCCAAGACUUGCUCAAACUAGAUAACCAGACACUCCGUUCAAAACUUUGUGGCCAUGGAGAUGACCCAGGACCUGUUACCAACACAACAAGGCAGGCGUACUUGACCAGGUUGAAUCAGCUUGAAAAUGACAAAAAUAACAUAAAGCUGACACAUAAGGCUCCAGAAUACCCAGCAGAAUUGCGAAUAGCCCUGAAUGGUAAUUUAGACAUGUCGGAGAUGCCGAAUCUAGAAACCAAGAUGGUUGCAGCAUUCCAGAAUCCUGACAGACUGCGACGCUGGAGGGAGGGAACUCUUAAAUCCUCCUUCAAUUAUAUUCUUCUAGAUCCAAGAAUUACAAAGAACCUACCUAACAGGGCUGUUAAUAUGAGUGACCAGGAUGUGUUUCAAACAUUUAUAUCGGCUACCUUCUAUAUUGGCAAAGGAAAGAGAGCACGGCCAUAUUGUCAUCUGUAUGAGGCCAUCAAACAACAGAAGAAAAAUGGCAGCAAGAUGAGUAAGAAAGUGGAGAAGAUACUGGAAAUAUGGAGCUGUGGUAUGGGUGUAGUGUCUCUACACUGUUUCCAAAGUGUAAUACCAGUGGAGGCAUACACUAGAGAAGCCUGCAUGAUUGAUGCCAUAGGUUUGAAGCAGAUAACAAAUCAGAAGAAAGGUGAUUACUAUGGUGUAUCAGUGACAUUCUCUAUGAAAGAAAGACGGAAGAUGGGAGUGUAUCUACUGAAGAAAGCAUUGCAGAUUUUCCUUGCCGAAGGGGAAAGGCAGAUUGCUCCAUUAGACAUUAAAAAAGAUUGAAGGUAGCCUGUUUUUUUGCGAAAAUUCCAAAUCAUUGAAAGAAAGGAGUUACAGAUUAAGAAUGAUUGAAGACGUUGUGUUCUAUCCAUACACAUAAUGGAUUGGUGGAAAAAAAUCAGGAAUUAGUUUCAGAAAAAUAGAAAUGUGUUUACUGAGAAAAAGCUCUACAGUAAUUUGUUGCAGAAGUAGCAGAAAGGUCACUUUGUUAGACAUUAAGAAUGAUUGGAGUCCACCAAUGGAUAGGUCUGUUAGACAUUAAGAAUGAUUGGAGUCCACCAAUGGAUAGGUCUGUUAGACAUUAAGAAUGAUUGGAGUCCACCAAUGGAUAGGUCAGUUAGACAUUAAGAAUGAUUGGAGUCCACCAAUGGAUAGGUCUGUUAGACAUUAAGAAUGACAGAAGUCGACUGAUAGAUUGCUUUGUUAGACAUUAAGAAUGAUUCAGUGUGACCAAGGGACUACUCUGUUAGACAUCAGAAUGACUGAAACAUCCAGCAGAUCACUUUGUUAGACAUUAAGAAUGACAAAGGCAACUGACGGAUGGGACUGUUAAACAGUUAGAAUGACUGAAGAUGACCCACUAGAUUGCUCUGUUAGAAUGACUGAAGAUGACCCACUAGAUUGCUCUGUUAGAAUGACUGAAGAUGACCCACUAGAUUGCUCUGUUAGAAUGACUGAAGGCAACAGACUGAUCACUCUUUUAGACAUUUGAAUGAUUAAAGAUGUCAUGUCCUUUCCAUAUAGACAUUGAGCAUUGUAAGAAUAUCACAAGACUGUUAGCUGAUUAUAUUUCUUGUUAAUACUCAUGCCUGUUUAGAGCUGCAUUACUUUGUUAGCAAAUUAAGACUUUUGAAGAAUAGCUUUAGAAUGCAAGACAUGUUAUUUUCGAGUCAAGUGGUAAUGAAAAUUGCUUGUAGAGAACUGUGCUUACAUAUUGGGAUAUGAAGCUGUUUAAAGCUAAUUUAACAUUUGCAUUAUUUGGUGUAAAAAUAAGAUACAUCUGAUUAUGAUAUAUUUUGUUGUUUUUUUUUUGCUAUCAAAUAAUUAUAGUUUGUAAGACUAGUAUGCAUGUUAAAAAUAUUUUAAGUAUUACAAGUUUUCUUGCUUAAUACAUAAGCUGUGAGUUAAUGAUAGCAUGCUGUGAGUUUAUAUUAGCAUAGUCAUUACUUUCUUUAUGAAAAAAAACCUAUCUUUCUUUUCCAUGAUUUUGAUAUUAUCAUGUUUGUAUGUCCAUGUAGUUCGGUAAGCAAUGCACAGAUCUGUUGAAUACUGGGUCAGCUGAGGUGUUCUUUGUGAUGAUUGAUAAAAGACAAUUUAAGACAUUGUGUCUGAAAUCAUUUGUCCUCCACCUCUGAUUCAAGGGGCUGAUUCAUGUGGGGAAGUUGGCAGUUACUUGCAGAGAACAGGUUAGUACUGGUAUAGAAUCCAGGAACUCUGGUUAGAUUAAUUGCCCCCUGUUACAUAUUUGAAACAUUAGUUUCCAGUUUUGAUAGAGUUUAAUGGUUUGUACAUUAUUAAGCUUCUAUUGAAAUGUGUAUAUAUUUCAGAUGUUGGUUAAAAGUUUUGCAUGCAAGUUACUAUUUCAAUACUAAAAAACUAAUACAAAUAUGGAAUUGAAACUUUACAUGUUUCUUUGGGUUUAUAAAAGUAGGUCAUAGCAUCAAGUCAUAUAUCUCUUACAGGUAUUUUUGAAAAAUCAUGCCCCCUUUUGAACCUUAACUUCUGGUUAAAGUUUUGCAUGUAAGUUUUGAUCUGCAAAACAAAUGCAGAUACUGUAUUGAAAUUCUAAAGAUAUUUCAACAUUUAGGGUAGUAUUCUUGUUUCUGGGACAAUAAUUCCAAACGUCGAGCAUUGGCUGUCUUGCAGAGAGCAUUGGCUAUCUUACGGACAGCAUUGGCUAUCUUACAGACAGCAUUGGCUAUCUUACGGA